CCCACUUGUUGCUUGUGUGCCGGCAUGGAUGGGCCGCCGCUCUGCGCUCCGAUACACGAGGAGAACAAUGAAGUCUUUGACGAUGAUCAAAUAGUUCCCGACUGGAAUUCCCCUCUGCGAGCGGCUUCAAAGGAGAGGAACCCGGCCUGGCCGUCCCAGAACCCCAAGCAGCGACAGGUUAAACACGAGCUGGACACGUACUUGGACGAGUGGGGGGCUGUGGUCCCCCCAGAGAAGACACGACGCCAAAGUGCCUCUCAAGUGGACCAAUUUUUCCAAGACCACAGCGGUUUCCAGUAUGCGAGGCAAAGGACCAUGUAUCAAUACGACCAGCAAGACCAUCGCCGGCGCUACAACCCGCUGUGCAACGACGAUGUGUUCGCUAAGCCUAACCCACCACCGGGACCCUUCAACGCCAUCUGGGAGGACAUCACGGCGAGCAUUAAUGUUCGAGAGCCAGUCCACGUACCGGUACGCGGGAUGUACAUGCCGCCGACGCCUCCGAGUUCGGAGCCCGGUAGCCCGGAUACCCCGCUGGGACCAUCCCGGCUGACGCCGCCACCGCCCUAUCAGCCGGUCAAGUACAAUCGCCGCAAUAAUCCGGAACUGGAGAAGCGCAGAGUCCAUCAUUGUGAUUUUCCAGGUUGCAGCAAAGUUUACACCAAGAGUUCUCACCUGAAGGCCCAUCAAAGAAUUCACACGGGAGAAAAACCGUACCAGUGCCAAUGGGCCGAUUGCCAGUGGCGGUUUGCCCGAUCCGACGAACUUACCCGCCAUUACCGCAAGCACACGGGCGCCAAACCCUUCAAAUGCCGCAUCUGCGAACGCUCUUUCGCGCGCUCCGAUCAUCUGGCUCUACACAUGAAGCGACAUCAGCCCAAAGCCUUGUAAAUACAUUCAUCAUUGUAGAUAUUGUACAAAUAAAACGUUACGUUUCUUUCA